AUGUCUCAGGGCCAGUACGACGAUGAAGAGGCGAGCUUGGGCGAGAAUGAGGACAUUGAUGAAAACGCCGCGGACAACUGUGACGAUCAGGUUGAAGAAGUGCAGGAGGAAGAGCCCUUGUCAAUAAUGGAUCCCGCCGUCUUUGGCCUCAAGGAGAUUUCAAACUUGGGAAAGUUUACAGUGAGCAGCCAUAAGCCAGGCAAUGGAGUUGAACAGCUCCGAAAUGAUGAAUUGACGUCAUACUGGCAGUCAGAUGGCCCACAGCCUCACAAGCUGACCAUCUACUUUGUCAAACGAGUGGGUAUCCGAGACAUUCGCUUUUACGUCGACUAUAAUGAGGAUGAAUCCUACACUCCUACGAAAAUCAUCUUCAAGUCGGGCACGAGCGAGAACAACCUUAUUCAGUUCGCUGCCAUGAACAUGGAAAGCCCUGUGGGCUGGCAACAAGUCCCACUUACAGGUGUUGGUGGCGAGCCCGAUGGCAACACCCUUGUGUCUUGGGUGUUACAAAUGCAGAUACUUGAAAAUCACCAAAACGGCAAAGAUACUCACCUUCGCGGCAUAAAGAUUUACGCCUUUGACGCUGAUGCGGUGCAGCCCACCGAGCCGGAUAACUCAGUCGAUACGAGCGGUCUUGCCGAAAACCAAGCUGCUGCCAGACUGGACGACAUUGCCCAGACAUUGGCCGCAGCAAGACUCGAGAGUAGUGAGACGGGGUUCUCACUUCCUGAUUUCAUGCGAGAUGCGGAGAUUCGGUAAUAGAUAAAAUUUUGCAAUUCAUUCAUGGGGAAAAGAGAAUAUGAUCAACUACGACUUCUUGUUUGCUUUGGAAUUGGUAGAAGGAGAGAACACAGAAAGCGACUUGGUAGAAAGGGAGAGAACACAAAAGUUACGGAUAUGGGUGUAAAAAAAAAACAUGGAUUUCUUUUCCAGUUCGCUUGAAGAUGGUAUCAUCUGGAGGAAAGACAAAAACGGGAUAUGGGUGGAGUUGAACAUGAGGAUAUGUAGCUUGCUUUUAACACUCUGUACGAUGGCUAAAUGACUUAUUAGAGUUUUGUUUCUCAAAA